AUGUCUCAGCGAAAGCUACAGCAGGAUAUUGACAAGCUGCUGAAGAAGGUCAAAGAAGGACUAUUGGACUUUGAGACAGUGUAUGAGAAAUUUCAGUCAACGAAUUCUGAGAAUACAUCUUAUCGGGAGAAGCUUGAAUCCGAUUUGAAAAGAGAGAUUAAAAAAUUGCAAAAACAUAGAGAUCAAAUCAAAACAUGGUUGAGCAAAGAAGAUGUGAAGGAUAGGCAGACAGUGCUUACGGAGAACAGACGAUUAAUUGAAAAUGGGAUGGAAAGAUUCAAAUCGGUAGAGAAACUAAUGAAGACGAAACAGUUUUCAACUGAGGCAUUGACCAAUCCUGACAUAAUAAAAGAUCCUCGUGAAUUGAGGAAAAGAGAACAGUUCGUAUUCAUUCAAGAAUGUUUGGAAGAGUUGCAAAAACAGAUAGAAGGUUACGAAGCACAGGAAGAUGAGGAACAAGUAGAAAGGCACGAAUUCCACAUUCACAAUCUGGAAAACAUCCUGAAGUUGCUGCAAAACAACGAAAUGGAACCUGAGACAGUACAAGACUACCAGGAGGAUAUAAAAUAUUAUGUGGAGAACAAUGAUGACCCUGAUUUCAUAGAAUAUGACACAAUUUAUGAAGAUAUGGGUUGUGAGAGUACACCAGGUUCAGAUGAAAAUAGAGAAAAUGUGGCGUCUGGUACUUCGGACUCUCAAAUUGCGUCAACUAAUGCAACCAGUUCGCCUUCAGCGCACACUAUCACGGCGAAGAUUGCCAAGAGACAGGAACGUUCUCCAAGGAAAAGAGCACAGCAGCCGACAGACACACCUUCUGCAGUUACAACACCUAUUCACGGGACUCCUACACCUGUUAGCUUGCAACAGUCACCAACUCCUGAGUCAUCUACAACAUUAUCUCAGCAUGCUCAUACCAAUGGCACCACAAACAGCACUGAUAACAAUAUCAAUCACACAAAUGAGAUUGGAAAUAGUCAUAAGAAAAAAGAUAUGAAUCCCACUCAACAGGAAGUCCUUUACCCACAAGAUAAGACGGAAGAAAUAAAUGAACAGAUUGAACGAAUGCUAUCAGAGAAUGCAGCAUUCAAAAAUCCAUUGUUCAAGGACGACUUAAAAUAUUGGUUGCAGUCAAAACGACCUUUGAUGCAGCCAUACAAAAAAAUGCCAGAUCGCAUGAAAGCACAAUUAGAAUCUUCUUUACUAAAUUGUCCGGAUUCAUUAGAUGCCGACUCACCUCAUUUUUAUAGAAAACCUCUAUCUCUUCCUCAUCCAACUUCAAUUUUUUUCCCGAGUGAACCGAUUAGAUUUGUCUAUCCAAUAGAUAAUGUUAAUCCAAUAUCCGUGCAAGAGCAGCAGCAGCAGGAGCAACAGCAGUCACCUGUUAAAGAACAAAGCUCACUUAAUAAACCAGAUGAUAAACGGACAGAAGACAAAAAUAUAGGGAGCGAUGAAAAUGAAGAUGUUUACUCCAGAACCUCACUAGCCAGAAUUUUCUCCAAGUUUGAUCUGGAUACGCUUUUCUUCAUAUUUUAUCAUUACCAAGGAACGUAUGAACAGUUUCUUGCUGCAAGGGAAUUGGCGAAAAAUAGAAAGUGGAGGUUCAAUAAAAAGGAUCGCCGUUGGUACUAUAAGGAAGUGGAAAAAUCACCGCCAGGAAUGCCGCAAGGUGAAGAAGAAUCGUGGAGGUAUUUUGAUUAUCAAAGAAGUUGGCUAGCAAGACGUUGUAAUAGCGAAAUUGUUCCCACAGAGGAGGAUUUUGAAAAGUUAUUUUAA